UGGUAACAGUCUGACAUCAUUUGCAAUGGAUAGUAUUUUUCAAGAGCUGAAAACUCACUUUCCAGACAAGCCAAUUACUAAAGACAAGAUUAAAGAUCACAUGAAAAAUAUCAAAGCAAAGUUCAAUCCUUGUUAUGAUGUUUUCAAGAAUGGUCUGAGUGGGUUUGCAUGGAAUGCAGAGACAAAUAUGUGGAUUGCUGAAGAUGAAGUCUGGGAAAGUCUAAUUAAGACAAAACCCGUAGCUGCUGAGUGGAAAAAUAAGCCUAUUAUGUUUUAUGAUAAACUAGCAACUCUUUUUGGGAAAGAUCGAGCAACAGGAGAUGAUGAAGAUACAGGAUUUGAAAUGAGAGCAAAAAAAGCUGCUAGUGCUAAAAAAAAUUACGGUCCAACCAUUGAGGAUAUAGACCAUUUGGUUGAAACCAAUGAAGUUACUUUGGAGGGAUUUGAAGUUGAUGAAGAAUUUGAUCCCAAUGGUUCUCCUAAAAGACCUUCUAUUAGGAAGCCUCAAGAUGUACCAUCAUCUAGGAAUAAGAAACGUGCAAGAAAGGUGGAUGAAGAUGAGACAAGCAUGAGCGAAAUUGCUAAGACUUUUAAGAAAAUGGCUGAGAUGUUUGAACUGAACACUGCAGAGUUGGUCAAACAAAAUAAGAGUUCUAGUGCUGAAGAUGUUUGGGCUAACUUGGUCGAGAUUGGUGUUGAAGAAGCAUCCUUGCCUUGUGUCUACAUGCACCUUGUUCAACAUCCAGAAGCAUUGAAAGCUUUUAAUGGAAUUCCAGUUGAUAAGCGUAAGGAAAUGUUACCUUACAUUGUGCCGAACUAUCCUUGA